CAUUGUCAAAUUUUACAUACACUGUUGUACUUCCUGUUUACAAUUCCUGGUCAACAAAUCCAAAUCGAUGUAUUAUUUUUUUAGACAAUCUAUAGACUGAUAAGAUGAUGGCUUGGAAAAGACUGAUAAUGAAGACCCUAGCCAGGGGGGAAUCAGCUCCUACUAUUAUGUCUGGCAUAGUCUUACUGGUGGCACUUCAUUGUUUGAUCAAGUUUGAACAGAUAAAAGACAAUGGUGCAUUCCAAGACCUUGAUAUUCCCAUUUUAAGGGAACAAGAUUUAUAUGGGUUAAAAUAUCCUGAAAAGUUCCCUAACCAAGGUCCUGAUAAAAUUCCUAAAAUUCUCCAUCAAACUUGGAAAAAUAAAGAAAUUCCCAGUAAAUUUAUGAAGUGGAUUAAAACAUGGUUGGUGAAUCAUCCUGAUUGGGAAUACAUGUUAUGGACAGAUGAAAGUGCAAGAAAUUUAAUUCAAGAAAAGUAUCCACAUCUUUUAGACACAUUUAAUGGCUACAAUGAAGGAAUAAGAAGAGCAGACUCAUUACGAUAUAUAAUUCUACAUGAAUUUGGGGGAGUUUAUGCAGAUAUGGACAUGGAAAGUCUUAAACCCAUUGAUCCGUGGUUGAAAAAGUAUCCAUGUUUCGUAAGUCAGGAACCAUACGAACAUCCUGUGUUAGAUAGUAAUUUUGAAAACUUAGCUAUAAAUGCAUUGAUUGGUUGCCGACCAAAACAUCCGUUUAUGAAGAACAUGAUGGAAAAUCUACCUCGAUUCAAACAUAUGUGGAAUGUUCUUGACAGCACAGGACCACAUUUUAUGACAUUAGUUUUAAAUGAUUAUAUGCAGUUAAAUCCAAAUAUGGAUGCAUCAAAUGAAAACUUUACGUACUUAGCUCCUCCUGAAUAUUUCUUCCCAACAGUAGAUCCAGCUAAGCAUUUUUGGUUUAGACAUCAAUGUGGAAAAUUCUAUAAACUCAGUAAAAUUCAACAAAAGGCGUGCAUGACAUUAAAAGUGAAAGGCGUUAAACGUAAGCCUCCUCCUUGGAGUUAUACCAAACAUCAUUGGGAGCAUACAUAUAUAGAUUUAAGAUUAUCCUUAAAGGGACCAGUCAAUAUUUUCAAAUUAGUGCCUCAAGCAAAAAUAUAUUCAAAUCAAAGAAGAACUAGAAGAGUAAGAGGGAAAAUAAAUUAGAAAUGAAAAAAAAAAUCAGAUUUUUAUUUUUAUAUUUCUAUGUCGUAUGCACUUGCCUGUUGUCUCAUAUAGUUUGUGAAAUGAUAUUAAUGAAAAAAAAUUAGUCUUAAAGUAAGUACAUAGUUGUGAUUUUAUUUACCUUUUGAGUUGUUAACCAUGAAUUUAUAUAAUUGAUAAUUUUGGUUUUCUUUUACGGAAAGUCUGGAAUGAUGUAAAGAUUAGCAAACUGAACUAGAAUAUUGCCGUUGUUUGCAAAUAAAACACUGUCAAAAUUU